AUGAAACCUACAUGGUCCACUGCAUGCACGGCUCCGAGACAGAGCAUAAUGAACCGCCCCAUUAAGGAGCCGUCCAAGUCCAAUAUGGAGUCUAUGGAGCGCCAGUACACGGCUGAGGAUGCAGCUCUGCGUCGUCGACGAGAGCAAUACAUGCAGCAGGAAGCGGAGAGGCUUCGAGCCAUCCAUGGCACACGCGAGGAAAAGAGGGAGAUCGCUCAGAAAUUGGCGUCUGAGCUCGAUACUCUCAUUUCAGAGCGGAAGGCGCAGGAAUCUCUGGAGGCACAGGAGAACCGUAGGCACGCCCUGGAGGUCCUGGAGCGGAUCAAGUAUGAGGAGAUGCUUGAGCAGGAGCAGAAAGAAGCCCGUAGAGCAUACGAGGAGUAUGUCGCAGAGCAAAACAGACGUGCGAUAGCAGAACGUAGGGACGCGCAGGAAAGGGCGCGCCACGAAGAGGUGGCCGAGGAGAAGAUGCAGCCAAGCUUCUUUGCCAACCAUUUCAUGAAGUCCACACGGUAG